AUGCCGGAGCCACACUCGGAGGCAGUGCGUCGAGCAGCUGGAGGACACCCUUGUGCAGGUACGCGCCACCAUCAGCUCCUCCACGCAGCCGGCAUAACGAUCAAAUUCGCCGAGGAGACUAGGAAGUUCUGCGGGGAGGCUUCGACUUCCAAGGACGAGACUAAAGGCAAAGAAGACCUGGACCGGGAAGCCAAGUUCGCUUCUGAUGACGAGGGUGAUAAUAAGGACCAGGAGGAGGAGGAGAACGAGGACGAGGACGAUCUCGACUGGGAAAUAAUUUUCGCCUCUGACUACGACGAGGAAGGAGGAGAACAAGGGCGAGGACGAGGACGACCUCGACUGGGAAGAUUAAAAAAUCAUACAAGAAGGAGAACGAGAACGACCUCGACUGAGAAGUCAUUUUCGCCUCAGACGAAUCAGACAAGGAUGAGGAUGAGGACAAAGGCAACUCGGAAGUCCUUUUCACCUCUGACAAAGAAGGUCAAAAAGAAACUGGCCGGACUUUCAGCAAAGGAAAGAGAGGAAAUUGUGAUAAGGAUGAAGCACAAGAUCCCUUGUCAGUGA